UUCGUGCUUUGUGUACGCGUGUGUGAGUGACAACAGGAUCAGGAGCCCAGAGAUACGAACUAAGCGCGGACCAGCAUCCAGGCGAACGAUAAAACAGGCAGACGAGCCAUUUAUCGGGCGGUGGGCAGAUAGAGUGACUGAGACUGAUACUGCAGUGCAUUGAUCGCAAACGAGCUAAGAAAGCCCAGGGGCGGCCUAGCAGCCUAGAACAUCUGGGACAGCCGGUCGUUUUCCGGGUACGCGCACGCAAAGCACAGAACGAGCACUCUAAACGAAUUUCUCCUCAAGUGUUGGGUGCUAGUCUAGUCCGGUCAUAUGCGCAACAUUUGGAAUCGAUUUCCAACUUUCGGAAGACGCACGCCAUACCGCUUAUACACGACAAGAUUAUUUCCUUCAAAGAUCAGAUAAGGUAAAAGCAAGGUUAAUAAAACAGGAAAGCAAAAUGAAAAGCAUUCAGCUCAACGUCAUAUUACGUGUGAAGUGGUUGUAGUGGUGGGAAUGCCGGGUGUCAAACAAAUAUCGACGAGUUAACUAAACAUUUGUGUGAAUUAUAAUUGAGAAACUUCUACGGGCUAAAAUUGACAGUUGGUGUAUGCACUAUUGUUUGUGUAUCCGCGUGUGUAUUAACGUGUGUGUACGCGUGUGUGUGUAUGCAAGCGAAGAUCGCGCAGACGUCACACGUUGUUUUUAAUGGAGAAACGCCUCGCGUGCACGAUGCUGUGGAAUCGACCAGAACUCGACAGGCUUUGACACUUCCUACAGCAGCUCUAUGAACGGGUUAAAAAGGGACGAUUUCGUGUACUUCUUUUUUCAAAUAGAAAUGUAGGCCUACCUGCCAGAAUAAAGAACAAUCUCACGGUCAGACUCGCUUAGCUGUGAGCCUUUUCUACAUCGAUCCUGCGAGAUCAGUUACGAUUGCGACUGUCAGAAACCAUCGGGAUCGAGAAUAAUUGAGUAAUUAUUGCCAAGCUAGAAAAACGGGGUCACCGGGCGACUAACCGUUUGGAUUUCCCGAACGAUCGAUGCUCGUGCAUCAACAAUAUCAUACUGAUUGCAGUACUGCACGCCGACCAUACAACGGCUAUUUGUGGUCAUGUUGCGAAUUCGGCUGAUACAUUUCUAGAACAGCCUCCACGGCAAUAUAUCGUUAUCCUUAAAAGAUACUUUUUUUUUUUUUCUACGCUUGUCAUCACUUUUGUAAUUAGGCUCGCAUAAACACUAAUAGACGAUUUCGGAAGGGACUGGAUACGCUCAUGAACAGCAGAAUCAUUCAAGGAGUCAUUAAAGCACCGGCACUCCAUUUGUGAUAUGCACUGCUAGCUGUGCUGUUUCGUUAUUGAUGUUAUUUGUGAUAGUAUUUUUCAUUCUCGCGUUUUUCGCUUGCUGGCGCAACGAUGGACGUCAAUUCACUUCUGGCUGACAUCCGACCACGGCAAAAUCUCGUUACGUCACUUGGGGGCCCACUGGCCACGACUACAGUCCUGCACAUUCGCUCGGACACUCACGAAGGGCACGUGGGCGUUGGGGGAAGUAAAACGGCUAGCCCAACUGGCCUCAUCUUGAACAGCCUAGGUGGAACCGGCGGCAUUGGGGCCCGUCUAAGCCCGCCAUUACCUGGACAGACGCGUCUUCGGUCUCCAUCGCCUACUGAUGGGGUUGCCCCGCACACACCUCAAUUACCCACGUCACACGCCCACCUACCGUUACCCUGUCUACAGAGCCCGAGUCCGCUGUCCUCCGACGGAGGUGAGCCAACCGGAGGAUUAUUUCUGUGGGGUCGAAAGCUCGAGUGUCCUUCGCCCGGUCCAGCACUCACUGCAGAAACGUCCUCCUCCUCUACACAACAACAAUCGCAGCAACAACAGCACAACACCAGUAACAACAACAGCGCCAAUGUCCACAACAACAACAACAACAACAACAACAACUCCAGCAACAAUGGCACUAACAACGCUGCCACUUCCGGUCAUCCAUCAGAAGUUCGCACAGUGGUCCUGUUUGGGGUGCCCAUCGUUGCGCUGCUCAUCGACAGCCAGGAACGCCUCUCACUGGCCCAGAUUUCGAACACACUUCUCAAGGACUUCUCGUAUAACGAAAUUCACAACCGACGAGUGGCUCUUGGCAUUACGUGCGUUCAGUGCACGCCCGUGCAGCUCGAGUUGCUUCGAAGGGCUGGAGCCAUGCCGGUCUCCUCCAGAAGAUGCGGCAUGAUAACGAAACGCGAGGCCGAGCGGCUGUGCAAGAGCUUCCUGACGGAGUCGACUCCUCCAAAGCUGCCGGACAACUUCUCGUUCGAUGUCGUGCACGCCUGUGCCUGGGGCUGUCGAGGCUCGUUCGUGCCCUCCAGAUAUAAUUCGUCGCGCGCCAAGUGUAUCAAGUGUGCCCUGUGCGGGUUGUUCUUCUCGCCUAAUAAAUUUAUCUUCCACUCACAUCGUCUACCCGACUCUAAGUACGUCCAACCGGAUGCGGCCAAUUUUAAUUCGUGGCGCCGCCACAUAAGACUAGCCGGAAAUCCGCCAGAAGAUGUCCUCUACGCCUGGGAAGACGUGAAAGCGAUGUUUAAUGGGGGAAGCCGCAAGCGAGUGAUUGUCUCUUCGUCAUCCUCGGCUGCGCCGUCCUCUUCGAGUGGGUCACAAAACGGCCCAGGAGGUGGAGGUUCUGCAGGGGCACCUCCAGCCGCCAAAAAGGCCAAGGCAUCGACUACGACAGCAGUGGCGGCCGACUACCCAGCUCUUAGCCCAUUGCCUCUUGGACAGAUAGGCGUCGGCGGAGGUUUAGGCGGUCUUGGAGCCAAGGUGGGCCCAGGGGGCUACUUUGCGUCGAUGAUCACUUCGCUUAACCUCAGUCCACCAACAACGGGAGAUCAUGAGGCGCCGUUUCCUGUGCCCCCAGUACCGCCUUUGUUCUGUCUUCCAGGCGGUUCACCGACAAAGACAACGCCGGGUAACACUGCCGUCGGACUAAAUCCUUUUGCGGACUACAUGCUGAUGCGUCAGUUCCCCUUAUGGAGUCCGCCAUUGGCAUCAUCGGUAAACUGCGCGGUGUCUCUGGGAAAUGCCGGAGGUUUGAGUCUACCGUCAUCCGAUUCACCCUCGGCUUCACCCCCAUCAACGAUGUAUCCAUCCGCAUUCAAACCGGUUACAGGGCCCCCACCAUGCUCGAACGCCCGCCAUUCGCCGCCCAGUCUAGCUAGUAGUAGUCCGCCGUGUGAUACGACCACAGCACGUAGUCCUACGGGGCAUGGCGGCGGCGGCGGCGGCGGCGGCGGCGCCAGGGAAGACGAAUCAGAGGAACGUGACGAUGUCGACGAUGGGAAGGAUCUUGAUGACGAUGCAGACGAAUUAGACGUCGACGGAAUGGAGGGGCCGGACCUGAGCGACCCCAGACCACGGGGAUUUGUAGCGGCCGCCGAUAACCACGACAGCGUCGAAGGAGCUAGAGCGGGUGACAGCAGAGAUCAUCGACAUCAUCAUGGUGUAAAAGAAAUUGAUGACAACGAUGAGGAUGUUGAAGUGGGCGAAGAAACGCCUCCAUUAAAAUCGCAACCUCCCGACAGCGGCAAUACAACAACCUCAUUAGUCACCGCGACGACAACUACAACGAUUACAGAAGCGCGUUUCAAGAAGAACACCCCUUUAGGCUUCGAUGAGCUGAAGAAUAACAGGGACGAAACCUCAGAUGGGCCAACGAGUCCAAAACAAUUGUAUCAUAUGACAAAGGAGGAGCUUCGCGACGCGGUGCGUCGAGAAGCUGAACGUCGUCGACGAGCCGAACGGGAGUUCGGCAACGUGCGUGAGUCGCUCCAGGCACAGAUGCGUAAAGAGGCCGAAUAUCGCGAGGAACUUGCUAGCCAAUUGCAACUUGUGCGAGAUGCAUUUUACCAAGAACUCGAUCAAGAGCGCAAGGCUCGAAUAACGGUUCAGCAAAAACUUAAGGAAGCACAUGAUGCUUUGCAACAAUUACGUGCUGACUACAAAGGGGUCGACUAUAGUCCAGCUCGAAGUUCCGAACUUGUAAAACGUGAGUGAAUGAACAUUGGCAAACAAACUACAAAAGUCAACGUUGUCUUGAGCGAAUCGCUGAUUUGGCGGGUUGAUGAGGGCAACAUUAUUAAUUUCGAAUGUGUGGAUAGACUCGCCGGCAAAGUGAAAGGAGACGAUGAAAAGUUGUCAGCUAAUUGUACUCGUGCCGAGGUCCUAUAGUCAGUGUUGUCACAUGCGAUUCCAGAAAUCAUCCCUUAAGGUUAACUGCAAUUCAAGAACUGCCGAACGUACUAACUAUAGCGCCCGAACAAAGAAGGCGCGGAUAGCUGUUAACGUUGACGCGAUUCCCACAAGGAAACUACACGUGCAUUCCUAUAGGCAAGCAACAAGAAGACUCCAUUGCGUGCCGUACCUAACUCGUUACCUCGCAGAGAAGCCUUGCUGGCUCUUACAGCAAUGAGCGUAAAUUUAAUGAUUUAGCAUUCGACUAUGACUGAAAUAGCACACGAUUAUAAAUAGGGAUUUCGGCAGCUUCCUGCUAAUUCAACGUCACCCUUCCUCAUGUCACAAAUCUGUCCACUGAAAAAAAAACGACCUGAUCAAACAUUUUGUGUAUAUAUAUGUGUAUAAAGAUACGACAACUAGCUAGCCCAUGAAGUGAUAGUACCAUCUAAAUAAUGCCUAUACACAAAUACAAAUUAUAUAUGUAUAAUUUACACAGUAGUUCUUGAAGGAAAGGGAAUCAAUUUUAGUUUCUCCGUCAUAAAGUAGGUAUAAAAUCGUUCCUUGAUAUGUGCGCACCUUGAUGAAACUAUUCAUUUCUAACCGGUUAAAGGUAACUAUGUGGCAGUUAAUUUAUCAUAAUAUUUAUAUACUCUCAAAGCAUUAUUUUAAUUCAGCAAAUUUAGUAUAUAUGUAUAUAUAUGUCUACUAAAUGUGCCCGCGUAAAAAGCUAACUGGAUGAUGGCCAAUAUAAUCUAAAUAUGAUUUAGGUUUUUCGAAAUUGACUUACUGUGCCCGCGCAAAAAGCCAACUGGAUUAUGACUAAUGUAAUCUAAAUAUGAUUUAAGUUUUUCGAAAUUGACUUACUGUGCCCGCGCAAAAAGCUAACUGGAUUGUGACUAAUACAAUCUAAAUACGAUUUAAGUAAGUUUUUCGAAAUUGACUUACUGUGCCCCCUCGUUCAGUCUGUGAAAAUGUGUAGACCCGGAACUAUCCGGACUGCUUACGCAUUUCUCGUAACGUUAUUUCCUUAAAAUUUCGUUUUACCUUAACUUAUUUAUGUCACACAGAUAGAUUUGAGAUAAUUAGAAAUAAUAUAGCCUUUAAUUAACUUCAUACACACCAGUAACAGGUAGAUAUAUAAUAACCACCAGUUAAUAAUCCCAAUUAAUGUGCUAAUAGUAGCAUAUUGCGGUAAACGACCGAAGAGACGGUGAGAGUUCGAAUAUUCUAUUAAAUUGUAUAAGAAUUUAAUUACAUUCCCAUUUUUCUUAUUAUUCAUAUUAUCUGUUCAUAUAAAUUAUGCAAAAUGGCCUGUAGAAUACUCAAAGACUUCUAUUAGAAAAGGUAUUGUGCGUGCAUCUUUCUAUGUACAAUAACGUGAUCUAGUUACAGGCUGUUAUUUAUAGCGAAGACCUUCUUUAGAAUGUGAUAUGAUAACCAAUUCAAUAUAUGAUUAAACUUUUAAUCACAUAUAAAAAAAAAUGAGUGAUCCUAUUCAAAUUCACGCUGCGUUUUAACCGAUACACCCAGUGCCAUAGAAUGAUCACUGAUGAUUAUUAUAUAAAUUCAAUUGAUAGAACAACUCGUAAGGUGACAUUUUUGUCGGCUUCCUGAGUAAACGAGAUUAAUAAUAAGUAUAAUAUUAUCGAAGGCUUAAGGUCCAUGCUAUAUUGUUACUGCUAAAAUUAUUAUUAUCCAAUAUUGCAAGAUGGAAAAGUGACAAUAUGGAAAUAGAGGAAAGACCUCUUUCUGUAAAUGAUCUAUUAUCUAAUGGAAUAAAUAUGUAUCUCGAUCACAAUUUUCGACAACCCUUCGAUAGUACUUGUGUUGUACAGCAAAGUUAUAUAUAUAUAUACUAUAAUCAUGAUAUGUGAUGGAAUACUACAUAAUCUAAAUAAAUAGUGAUUGUAUGAGUUUAUGGACGGUACUAUGGAACCCUCUCGUGAUCAAUAAUUAUCGUAUUCAAGAAAUAUCCCACCCGUAGACGUCAUGUCAUUAUAUCAUUGAUGAUAAUAAUUAUAAAUGUUUCACGAGCUGAUCAUGUGCCAUCAAGCGUCACGGGGAGACACACUCGGGCCCUUUUACAACCGGGAAAGAUCAACAUUUCGUCCAUAGUUGACUUCAAAUUUGACUAGAUUACUAAUGAAAGGGGUUUGGGAUUACUGUCUACUGGCCUCCAUCGCAUGAUGGGGGGGCCUGCUCCUAGAUUGUCAUAUGAUAGUAAUUAUAAUACGAAAUAGUAUACAAUUCAGCUGACACAAUAUUAUGAAAGGCAUGAGAACGUGCGCCGUUGCAUGCUGAGGGUGAGCGAAGUUAGAACGACGACAGUAUGCAGCGAGUUAUAAAUACAGCACGUAUAUACACGUGUAUAUAUAUGCACGGAGAACGUUCCCAUGCCGGUGAAGAGGGUCAUCGCGAAGUAAAGACAAUGAAAGGAAAAAAACUAGAUUAUCAGGCAUUAUUACUAUAAAUGAUAAUAAGUGUAGAGCAAAACCGUGUGAAGGUGAAUGUGGAUUAGAAGAAUAGCGUCGUGUUAUACAAGCAACAACUUGAACAACACUGAA